AUGGCAGCUGCUACUUCUUCUUACAUACCACUCGCUCAGCGAAACUUAUGGACCGAUAUCCAGCCUAUACCGCAGGAUGAUGGUCCCAAUCCGGUUGUACCUAUCAUGUACUCGGAAGAGUAUCGUGAUGCUAUGGACUACUUCCGAGCUGUGGCCGCAGCGGAAGAACGAUCCGAGCGAGCAUUAGAAUUGACUGAGACAGUCAUUCGGUUAAACCCGGCCCAUUACACUGUCUGGCAAUAUCGCAUGGCGACUCUAUUAGAGCUGAAGAAAGAUUUGAAGGAAGAAUUGCAAUUGAUGAAUGAGUUUGCUGUACAGAAUCUCAAGAGCUACCAAGUUUGGCAUCAUCGCCUUCUUCUCCUGACCCAUAUCUCACCCAAAGACCCAUCAUCCGAAGUGGAAUACAUCCAUCAAUCACUUCUUCCCGACCCCAAGAACUAUCACACAUGGGCAUACCUUCAUUGGCUUUACUCUCACUUUUACACUCUUGGACGGAUCAGUGAGAAACACUGGCAAGACGAGACACAGUGGUGCGAGGAGAUGUUGGGGAUGGAUGGGAGGAAUAACAGCGCUUGGGGAUGGAGAUGGUAUCUGAGAGUAGCAAGACCUGAAGCGCAAAAUGGAAAGGACGCGUUGAAACACGAGCUAAGCUAUGCACUCAAAGCGAUUCAUCUUAUCCCUCACAACGUAUCGGCUUGGAACUAUCUUCGAGGACUGCUCCGACAUUUCAAGCUACCGCUUAGCCCUUUACUUCCUGCAAUACUGCCUUAUACGAUUCGACCAUCAGCUACCGUACCAGAACCCUCCGGAGACUUUGAUUUCCCAUUACCUUCCUCACCAUUACCUGAUGAUACACCUCUACCCGUCCCCUUUGCCCUGGAAUACUUUGGUGACGCGCUUCUGGAACAGAAUCAAAACAUGGAAGCGGGCGAAGUUUUCGGACAGCUAAGUACGCAGUAUGAUAAGAUGAGAGCUGGGUAUUGGGAGUUUAGGCGACGAGACUGUGUGGAGGAAUAA